AUGGAUGAGUUAGUUGAUUUCCGUGACAAGGGUGUAACGCGUCGAACGACAACAACAACACCAGCACCAGCUCCAUUAGAAAGGUUGCUCAAUCCUCAGUUAGCAGGUGGAAAUGCGCAAAAUAUUGACGCCGUUUUCAACGCUUUAAUGAGGAGUGGCGCUCAACCGGAGCGACCACAACCAUCCACGAAUAUUUUUUCGCAGUUCUUUGGACGAAGAUAA